AUGGCCUCGAUUCGGCCGCUGCGCACGGCUCUCAAUGCCAGUGGACGCUAUGCGUAUCGUGCGCCUGAGCUGCGGAUUGAUCACCUGGUGAUGGGGGGUGGCGUGGUGGGUCUUGCGAUAGCGAAUGCUCUAGCGCACCGGUUCCCGUCGAAGUCGACGUACCUGGUGGAACGCCACGCGCUCCCUGGCCAGGAAACGAGCUCGCGGAAUAGCGAGGUCAUACACGCCGGGUUGUACUACCCACCUCACUCCCUCAAGACGCGCAUGUGUACACGUGGACGUACGCUGCUGUACGACCGCAUCGCGAGGCAUCCCGACAAGAUUGGUGGCAAGCAGGUCGGCAAGUUGAUCGUCGGCACUGAGUCAGAUGCAUCGUACCUGGCGGCCCUGCACGAGCACUGCUCGGCCAUCCAGCCGCACACGCCGCCCACUCGUCUCUUAUCUGGUGACGAGGCUCGACAAAUGGAGCCAUCGCUCUCGCCCCGCAUCACACACGCGCUCUACUCGCCAUCGACGGGCAUUGUCAGUGCACAUGACCUCAUGUCGCACCUGGCCGCCGAGCUCGAGGCGGAGUUGCCUGAUGGUGAAACACCCGAUGCUACGAUGGUGCUGGGCACCUCGGUCGUCCGCAUUGAUCCACACACGCCUCCGCGGCCGCCUACGAAGGCGGGCAACGACGGCUCACAGGAGGGAUGGGUCGUUCAGCUCCGAACGCAUGAUGCGGCGCAUGCCGAGACGGAUGCGCUGCUCGCGCGCGUCGUCAUCAAUGCAGGUGGUCUGAAUGCGCCGCGCAUCCUGAAUGCGGUGCGGCCCGAGCGCGAUUGGCUCCCGAUGUACUUGGCCAAGGGCAGCUAUGCGAGCUACCGAGGCGCUCAUGACGUGCGGCAUCUGCUGUAUCCGACGCCCCACUUUGGCUCGGGCGCCAAGGCCACGUCUGCGUUCCAUUCGCUGGGCACGCACUUGACGCUCGAUCUCGAGGGCCACGUACGUUUUGGGCCGGACCUCACUUGGCUCUCGGCGCCCUCGACGCUCGACCCGACGCGGAUCGAUGAGCUGGGCUUUGAGCAUGACUUUUGGGAGUCGCACCUCGCGCCUGAGGCAUCAGAGGCUUGGCUCGAGAGCAUGCACGCGGCGAUUCAGGCGUACCUGCCGUGGAUUCAGCGCGACGGCCUGCAGGAAGACUAUGCUGGCAUCCGGCCCAAGCUCGGCGGACCGGACGCGCGUACGUUUUUCGACUUUGGCCUCUUGUGGCAUGCGAGUCGCGACAUCGAAUCUCAACGCACGUGGCAAACGGCCCCGAACGAGGCGGGGCCGCGCGGCCCGUGUGGCUGGCUCGUGAGUUUGGUCGGCGUGGAGAGUCCGGGCCUGACGUCGUCCCUGGCGCUGGGCGAGCACGUAGCUGCGAUGCUGCAGACGCACGUGUGGGGCCGCUACGAUCCGUCGGGGCGUCGACGCAGGUACGUCGACGAUGUGGGGCAUGAUGCGCUGGAGGCAUGGGCGUAA